AUGCCCGGUGCCUCCCCACCCAUCUCCAUCUCCCCAGAGAAGAUCGACGAGAUCCCCGCGACUUUAGUCGCGCACGAAACUAAAUUCGAAACACCGCAGUCUCAGAAUCACACUGGAGUCAAUUUUCGGCACAAGGUGGAUGAUGUAUUGCUGGGGGUCGUUAACUACACGCCGCGUCGGUGUCGAUGGGAUCCGGAGAAACCGUUUCGAUUUAACUGGGCGUUGACUUUUUUAUUUGCAUUUUCGACGACGUUUACGGUGUGUUUGUCCCUCUUCAUGGGAUCAGUCGAAAUAUAUCCUCGCAACUUUACUCUUCCUACCUUGAACCCAUUGCUCCCAACCUUAAUAAUAACUAAAUCGAAUAAGGUAGCAAACCUCUACUACAACACCCCCCUCCUAACCCUCCUCGCAUCCACCUUCAACGUCUCCUACGAACGGAUCUCUCAAGUGCCCACCGUAAUGCAAGCCGGCUACGCCGUAGGCCUCGUUUUCCUCUGCCCGCUCGGCGAUCUCGUCCGCAGAAGACCAUUUACUCUCCUCCUAACGGCAUUCACGGCAACGGUCUGGUUGGGUCUUUGUCUCACCAGGAACUUUGAGUGUUUUCUUACACUGAGUUUUGUGGUUGCUGUUUCUACUGUUACGCCGCAAAUAAUGCUCCCCCUAAUCGGCGACAUCGCCCCGCCCUCCCACCGCGCAACAGCCAUCUCCCUCGUCUCCUCAGGCCUAUUACUAGGCCUCCUCCUCGCCAGAGUCCUAGCAGGGAUAGUCUCGCAAUACACGCCCUGGCGAACAAUCUACUGGAUCGCACUUGCGCUCCAAUGGACCAUAACAGGGCUAUUAUGGGGGUUCAUGCCCGACUAUCCCGCAACCAAUUCAGACCUCUCAUACGGACAAAUCCUGCUAAGCAUUCUCACCCUCUUCUUCAAAACACCUUCGCUGGUCCAGGCUUGUCUUAUGGGCUUCUUCUUCUCAGCGCCGUAUACCUCUUUCUGGACGAGUUUGACGUUCCUUCUUUCAGACACAAAUGGUCCGUAUGGGUACUCCACGCUGAUAAUUGGGCUUUUUGCAUUCGUGGGAAUCCUGCCUAUGGCGCUUGGCCCGAUUUAUUCGCGGUUGAUCCUGGAUAGGUCUGUUCCGCUUCUUUCGGUUUUGCUCGGUGUGGCGAUGUGUGGUGUUGGUGCGGCGGUUGGGGUUAUUGGGUCGUAUACCAUUGCUGGGCUGGUUGUGCAGUGUGUUUUGCUUGAUCUGGGACAGCAGGUUGCGCUGACGGCGUCGAGGGUCGCGAUUUAUGAGGCCGCACCCGGGGCGAGGAGUCGGGUUAAUACGGCGUUUGUUUUGUUUCUGUUUGGUGGGAAUAUCAUGGGGACUGCCGUUGGGCCGAUGGUGUUUGUUAAGCGUGGUUGGGUUGGGGUUGAGAUCGUGAGUGUUGUUCUUGUGCUGCUUGCGUUGGGGUUUUGUGUUUAUCGGGGGCCGCGGGAGGUUGGGUGGGUUGGUUGGGGUGGGGGGUGGAAUUGGAGGAGGCUGUCUGAGAAGAGGGUUGUUCGUGGUCGAGGCGAUGGAGGGAGUGGAAGGUUGGAGGAGGGUCGUGAUGGUGAAUCGUAG